GGUCACCAUGACUUCCUGGCGAUUCCCUAUCAAGGCUUACCUGGCCCACCUAAGGUGCUUUGAGGUCGGACAGAGAUCUUGUUUGCUUACAUGGAGACACAGGCAGGUCAUGUGCCCGCCCAAAUCUAGAAUCGGUUGGCUUCUCUUGGGCGCCUUACCCAAACUCAUUCUGACUUCGGGAGGGACCGCGAUGGUGUCCCCGGGGCAUCAGCUUGGACCGUGUAAGAGUGCCUCUGAGGAAGUGGCGCUGGCAGGCGACAGUUCCACAUCUGGGUUCGGGAGCUGGGUUUGGCUGAACUUGGCCUUUGGCCUCCGAACAGGGUUCCGGGCCUGUGUCCUGCUGGUGAAGUUCACCCCUCUUCUUCUGCUCUACCCUCUCACCUACCUGGUGCCCAGCUUCUACCGGCUCUGGCUGAGGUGGCUCCUGCUGGCCACCGAGUCCUCAGGCCCCACCUACAUCAAACUGGGCCAGUGGGCCAGCACCAGGCGCGAUCUCUUCUCGGAAGAGUUCUGCGCCCAGUUCUCGCGGCUGCACGUUCAGGUGGCCCCGCACACGUGGGCUCACACCCGGCGCCUGCUGCAAAAGGUCUUCGGGAAGGAGUGGGGGCGAGCCCUCCGCUUUGAGAGUCAGGAGCCGGUGGGCUCGGGUUGUGUGGCCCAAGUGUAUAAGGCCUAUGUUGACACUGCCUUCCUUGACCAUGCCUGCUUCCAGAAACUGGUGGAGGCCUCCAGGGGGACCCCCUCUUUUGAAGGCUGGGAGGCAGCAGGACUGGGGAGGCUCUUGGGGUAUUUCUGGAAGGGGGAGAAGCCUAAAGCGGCACCGCCGGAUCAGGCUUUUCCAGAUCUGCUUCUGCCCAUGGCCUACCUGACUGCUUCAAGACAGGCCCCGCCCCAUCCUCCACCUGCUGACUGUCCACGUGGACCAAAGCACUUCAUCCCAGCAGCUAUCAAAGUGCUACAUCCUGGGCUACUGGCUCAAGUUCAGGUGGAUCUGGUCCUGAUGAAGAUAGGCAGUCAAAUCCUCGGACUCAUUCCGGGAGUUAAGUGGCUCAGCUUGACUGAGAUAGUAGAAGAAUUUGAGAAGCUCAUGGUCCAACAGAUUGACUUGCGUUAUGAAGCCCGGAACCUAGAGUGCUUUCAACACAAUUUCAUGGAUGUGAAUUUUGUCAGGUUCCCCACACCUCUGCAGCCUUUUGUCACCAGAGAUGUUCUGGUGGAAACAUUUGAAGAGAGUGUGCCUGUGUCCUGGUAUCAGAAGUCAGAGAUUCCUACGAAGUUGAAGGGGAAAAUAGCAAAGCUGGGAAUAGACAUGCUUCUGAAGAUGGUAUUUGUUGACAAUUUUGUCCAUGCCGACCUACACCCUGGGAACAUCCUGGUGCAGGGAGCAGACUUUCCUAAGGAGAGCCAAAGAGGCCAGAAGAGCCUGGGGGACGCACUUGAUACCCUGGUGUCGGAAAGCAGACCUGCUUCUUCCCCCCUGAGGCUGGUCCUGCUGGACGCGGGCAUCGUGGCGGGACUGCAGGCUGCAGACCUGGAGAAUUUCCGGGCAGUCUUCACUGCAGUGGCCAUGGGGCAGGGAGAAAGGGUGGCCGAGCUCAUCCUGCAGCAUGCUCGGGCCAGUGAGUGCCAGGAUGUGGAGACGUUCAAAGCCGAGAUGGCGGUCCUGGUGACCCAGGCCAGGAAGAACACCAUCACCCUGGAAAAGCUUCAAGUAGCAAACCUGCUCUCCAGUGUCUUUAAGCUGCUGAUGACCCAUAAGGUCAAGCUCGAGAGUAACUUUGCCUCCAUUGUCUUCGCGAUCAUGGUGUUGGAAGGUCUUGGCCGCUCACUAGAUCCCAAAAUGGAUAUCCUCGAGGCUGCCAAACCAUAUCUUAUAAAAAGUUCAACCUUCCCCCCCUGGCUGCAAUGGUGAAGGCAGAGGGCUUCCCAGCUAACUGCCAGCGUGACUCCUGAGGCCUUCCGGGACAGCCAGGGGACCACCUUCCUUUCGCCUGGGUUGGUUCCAAGAAGGCUGAAUGCUAGAUUCUGAGAUGGCUUGACUGACUGAAGAAGCUGUGGAGAGGAACGGGUCCCACAGAGUAUCCCUAGAACCAGCACUCUUGGUCAGUGUCGCCCCUGCUGCUGUGAAUGUUGACUGUAUAAGAGAAUGCUUUCCUUUACCAUCCCACCCCAGUGUACAUGUUCUCAUUCUGUCUGUUUCUCUCUUGCUUUCCUUCCUUCUCUGUUUUUCUUUCUCUCUCUUCCCUUGUCUCUUUCUUUAAAGGUUCAUGGUGAACCUUUGGAAUGGAAAAGUGAAUAGAGUCCUAGACAUGGCCUCAGGAGGGAUGAGUUCAAAUCCUGCCUCAGACCUGUGCAACUCUAUGAAAUUUACUUAUCCUCCCUCAGCCUCAGUUCCCUCAUCUGUAAAAUGGGGAUAAUGACUGUCCUACCUCACAGGGGUGUUGGGAGAAACAAAUGAGUUAAAAUAGAGAAAGAGCUUCUCAAACCUUAAAAUUUUUUACAUACAAGAAGGCUAUGAUGAUUCUAAUGAUAGUGAAAGAAACAGGCAUCAUUACAAGAGCCUUCAGAGUUUGGAAAGGAGUGCGCCAUUACUGCACACAACAUAACACACGUGGGUCUAGGGCGCUACAGCGCUCCGAACAAGGAGCCCGAAGGCAGGCCCACUUCCUCUGAAGGCACGCAGUGUCUGUGCCACACAAAGAGACUCCUAGGCUGUUACCUUUCUGCUUUCCCCAGUCGCAGGGUUAUCGCUGUUUGUAAGCAGCAGACAGGGUUUUGGUUGGCGUCUGUUUCUGUGAGGAGCAGCAUGGCUUAGUGGUUAGAACGCCAGCUGGGAAGUCCUGGGUUCAAGUCUCACCUCUGACACCCAAGAGCCAUUUAACUGGCUAGGUUGUUUAAUCUCUCAGUACUCCGGAGACCGCUGGGGUGCCACAGUGCACAGAGUGCUGGGUCUGGGGUUGGGAAGACCUGAGCAGAUGGGACUUCUGAGCUGUGACCCCUGCCUGCUUGCUUCAGUUUCCUCAACUGUAAAAUGGGCACAAUUAAGAGCACCUACCUCACCGGCUGGUUGGUUAGAUCAGAUCAGAUGUUUGUCAAAUGCAUAGCACCAUGCCUGGCAAUAUAAUAUGUUAAUAACAACAAAUGCUUUUAUUAUUAGGUGGGGGAGUUCUAGGUAUUAUUUAGGAUGACAUUCUGUGUCAGGGUAGUACCCUUAUUAAGGUAUUCUUACUUCUACGUCUUCUGACCGCUCUUCAAGAAGAUAACAGGGAGAUGUGAAGAUGCGGAGCCUGUUGGGGCUUGGUGGAGAAGCACCUUUGGCACCUGGGAGAUUGUAAGCUCUAGGAGAGCAGGAUGGGUAUUUUCUAGAUUGUGUCACUUUAACUGCAAUGACUAGUUUUGGCUCCAGAGUACAGAUUGUGAGAUAUGCUUCUCUUUGAGAAGAGAGUUGGGAGAUUAUGGUUGCAUUAUAUUAGUGUUUGUAUAGUUAGACAAAUGCUGUCAUUCUGAAUAGUAGGACUUAAGGGUUUUUUUUUUUUUUUAAUUUGAAUUGAAUAGCUGGGCCUGCUGAAAGGCAGAAAAUACCAUAUUAUUUCAAAUAUAGGCCACACUCCACCUCCCUCAGCCCAGCCUCUCCUUAUAUGCUCUUCAUAAGAGAGUAAUUAAACUGACAAAGGUAAAAUUUACAGUGACAAUGAUGUAUGAAACAUCUUUGUCUGAAUUAAAAAGAAAUUAAAGUGGAAUAUUCAUAGUAAA